ACCCUCUUACUGACAGAGCUCCAUCAGAACACUGACCUCAUUAUGGCACGACUGGGCAUGGGAAUCAAGUCUCCGUUAAAUCAGAAGAGCUCUAGCGGCUUGGUUGCUAUGCAUGGGAUCCAGCCGGACAUGCAGGGGGGACUACCCCCUCCCAAUAGACACAGCUGGCCUAUCAGUGCCCAUGGAGGCAGCAAAGAGAAAGAGAUACCUGCUGAUGUCCAGCCCCCUGGGUUAACGAGCAGGGACGUCCCCACUGACGCUACUGAUGGGUGUACCUCCAGUGUGACCGUUGAUGGGUGUGGUUUCAGCAAGAGGAGAGCGGAGCAGCAAGUGUACGCACCAACUCCAAUAGCGAGGGGAGGGGGAUCAACCGCCAGCCCAUAUCUCUUCGAACCAAUACCAGGUUUGGCCCCUCCGAUUGGUCAUCCCCGUUCCCCGUACACCAGCGACCGGAUAUCGCAAUACAUUGCAGGUCUCCCCGCAGAAUUUGAACCCCCUGGUGAGCAGUCCUUCGCCUCGACUGCCGCCAACCCGGCCGACUCUGACAACGACCAAUCCAAUGACACCUUGCCCGUCUUCGAGAGUGAGUCACCAUACACCAGGUCACCCCUCAAGAGAUCACCAGGAAGCGUGUUUUAUUACACAUGUAUGGAAGAGGGGAGAGGGUCAGUCCUAAAGUUUCCUUGUAAUGUCUUUCAUCCUGUGUGAUUCCAUCCUAACAUCUUCUUGUUUACCACAACUGUCAUUUACUAGAAGUGCACCAUGGUAACUAGAGCUGAUUAACACUCUGUUGAAAUUCUUACGUACGGAGCAUGGUACCCGGACAUACAUACAUCUCAAAAGCUAUUACUUGCAUUUCUCAAACUUUCCCUGUUUUGCAAGUUUGUACCUAUCUUAAGGUUGUGUGCAAACAAACUACAAAGGUCAUUUGCAAUUUAGGAUAGUCACAGAAUGUCCACUAGCUAACUUAACUAGCUUUCUCUUAUGGGGUAUCCAAAAAUCCCUGAUUGAAACGAAUGUACGACAUUUUGUUUGUCUUUGAAAUUGUUAACUUACAGUACAUGUGUAUGUGUUGUGUAUUUCGCCCUGUAUACCAUUAUGCUAGUAAUUCGAAUUAAUUGCCAUAACUUCAACGUGUAUACAUGUAUUUUUAGAUUUUCUGAAAGCUUUUCUGAAAGCUUUAUGAUAUUAGUUCUUUAUAUGCACUCUUCAAAAUAAUCAUUAAUUUUUCUUCCGAGUAAACUAUUGUGAGCGAUGAUGUCAUACAUGUAGUAAAACCACACUAUGUGCAGUACAAUUAGUCUAGAGUUUCCAUUCUCGUAAAUUUGUUAUAAAUUGCUGAAAAAGAUGAUGAGGAACACAUUGAGGGAGUUACCCGGCAAAAUAGCCUCAUUCAUAGGGCGUAACGUGCAUGAAUAGUUGCAGAUUCAAUGUAAAAGCAUCACAUACGCCACUCUGUUACCAAUCCCUCUAGCUCUUCAAUUUAUGGUUGUACUCAUGAACGUGUGUGUGGAGCUGACAUAGAAGCUGGUUUAUGUAUAGUUGCAUGGUUAUUAUAGAGGCACCAAAUUUACGCGGAUUGGUCAAACUAAACAUUUCGAGGAUAGAAGUUCAAAGGACCACCCCCUACAGUAGAGAGGUUUAAAUCCCGGAAGUAAACCAUGCCCACAUUUUCGAGGUUUGUAAAGUCAAUCCGCGAAAAACGCCAACAUUUAGUGCCUCGAAAAUAACCAGCUAUAUGGUAGUUACAGCUGCAUAUUGUACUAUGUUUGUAAAUUUGACGCUUUGUGGCCUAACUUCUGCGAUAUCGCAAAAUUGUGAUGUCAUACAAGUAUGGUUUUUGCGGUCUUAUUUUCACGAAGCCAUUAUCAGCACUCGCAAAUUCGCAUAAUUAUGCUUGACGCUUGCAAAACAUUGUUACUCGAGGGGCAUGGGCAGCCACGGGUAUAGUACAUGUAGUCGUUACCCGAGGCGCGCGCGGGCGGCCACGGGUAUAGUAGUCCGUUGGUUUGCUUGUGACACAUGAAUCUACUCACCUGAAUUUCAUAGCGCUGCGUUUACAGCAUGGAUAGCCUUCACACAACAAUUUAUUAUUGGCAGAUUUUGAUGUUAAAGCUUCGUUGUAGAAUAAAAGCUAAGAAGCUUAAACUUACACGUUGGCAGCUAUAUACACCCGGCCUUUAUUCGAGGGAGGCCUAUUACGUAUUUAUAGCUAAAGUGAUCCCGUACCAGGAACAAUGGAAAAGGGUCACUAAAGUAGAACGCUAGAAUUGUGACUGGUUUGUUGUCUCGGGAGGCUUUUUUGCUGACUCUGGAUCCAGCUUAUUCACUGUGAUCAUAGAGUCCACAGUGCAUGUGUACCAUGCACUACUCAAAUGUUUCAGCAUGCGUCCAGUCUAGUUUAGUUUCUAUUGCUCCUGAGUUGCUGUGCUAGACAGCUAAGCCAUACAUACUACAUGCACUGCAUUAUAUCACUCCUCUGGUUUCUUUAUAAUCAUGUCACCAGCCGAGGGUUUGUACUUUAGUGCUCUAGUUUGUCUGUUUGUGAUACAUGAGUCUGCUUACCUGGAUUCCAUAGCGCUGUGUUUACAGCAUGGAUAGCCUUUACACACCAAGUUAUUAGUUUUAAUAGUGGCAAAUUUUGAUGUUAAAGCUUCGUUGUCGAAUAAAAGCUAAGAGCUUGAACUUACAUGUUGGCUAGAUAUAUACAUGUAGUAGCUAUACACCCAGCCUUUAUUCGAGGUAGGUCGUACGUAUUUACAGCUGCAAUGAUCCCGUA